CGUUUCCCGUGUAACGACCUUGUUUACUUUUCAAGACGUCGCUGCCGUUUCCUCCCGAUAUAAAACCCGUCAAAAUGCUCAUUGACAUCACUUAAUGAGCGGAGAACGUCAGCACGGACCGUUUCCAUAUUAAAGAUCCACGGAAGGACAAUGCGAACGAGAACAAGAGCAUUCUGUGGAUAUCCAGCGGGCCCGUUUACUUCUAAAUACCAACAAGUAGCAUCUGUGAGGAUUUUAAGGCAGAUGAUUGCAGGCUAACAUACUAAGAAGCUAAAAGCUGUUCAAUCUUAUUGUGCGUUUCAUCUACACGUCAACUUACCUGCGAUCAUCAACAUAACACGAGUUUCUUGCAUUUUGAGGCCUUUAUAAUCCACCUAUUUGAGACCAUGGAUGAGGCAUCGCCGCCGUCUCUGACCGAUCUGUGCAUAACUCUGGUGAGCUCCAGGCUCGAGCUCUUCUGCGAGAAGCAUGAUGAUGGCUCUCUGUCCUUCCGCGAGCCUCUGGUCUUUCCACAGGAGCUGGCCGACCAACUGCUUUGCAAGAUGGCAACUGAGGGCCUACUUAAUGACAGUACAGUGGCAAUCUUUCGAAGCGGCCAGCAGUUCCGGUUGCGUCAUGCCAGCAUCCGCACUGCUCGAAUCUCUGCAGAGGCCUUCCAUCGCGCUCUCUGCCCCCACCGCCUCGUGGAGCUAGACGCCUCACGGGUCAAUGCAGACCUCACAAUUGCUGAUAUCCUUCAGGGCCUCUCAUCCAAUAAAUUCCUGCAGGACAGCCUGCAGCGGCUCAUCCUCAAUGGCCUGACCAUGUCCUCUCUGGAGGAACCCAGCCGACGUUGUUUCAGUGCCAUGCAAGGGCUUCGGGCACUCAGCGUGUCCAACGUUGACUUCUACGACUCAGGCUUGGUGGAUGUGUGCACGCUGCCGCGUCUGGAGAGUUUGGAUAUCUCCAACACAUCAGUGACUAACCUGACCCCGCUCCUGGGCUUGAGAAACAGGCUACGCUACCUCACCAUGCACCAGCUCAAGAGGCUGGAGAUGACCACAGCUCAACUGUUAGCUGUGCUGAGCCAGCUGGAGGGUUUACAGCACCUUGAUAUCUCAGACGAUAAGCAGUUCACAUCUGACGUGGCACGGCAGCUGCUGGAGACUCCUGGCAUUCUGCCUCAGCUAGUGUCACUGGACGUAUCCGGCCGCAAGCAGGUGACUGAUGCAGCGGUCAGGGCUUUCAUGGAGGCGAGACCAGGCAUGACCUUUGUCGGUCUGCUGGCCACUGAUGCCGGAUUCUCUGACUUCUUGUCUGGAGAGGGCAGUUUAAAGGUGACUGGGGAGGCCAAUGAAACGCAGAUCUGCGAGGCAUUAAGGAGGUACAGUGAGAGAGAGGGGUUUGUCAGAGAGGCUCUGUUCCACCUAUUCAGCCUCACUCACGCUAUAGAGAAAUCACGACCUGACAUCCUGAAGUUGGUAGCAUUGGGAAUGAAGAAUCAUCCAACCACGUUGAAUGUUCAGCUGGCAGCAAGUGCCUGUGUGUUUAACCUCACCAAACAGGAACUGGCUUUUGGAAUCCCAGUUCGACUUUUGGGGAACAUCACAGAGCUCUUACUAGAAGCCAUGAAGACCUUCCCCAACCACCAACAGUUGCAGAAGAACUGCCUGCUCUCUCUCUGCAGUGAUCGUAUCCUGCAGGAGGUUCCCUUUAACAGGUUUGAAGCUGCCAAGCUGGUAAUGCAGUGGCUGUGUAAUCACGAAGACCAAAACAUGCAGAGGAUGGCCGUAGCUAUUAUAUCCAUCCUCGCUGCUAAGUUGUCCACUGAGCAAACCGCACAAUUGGGAGCAGAGCUCUUUAUCGUGAAGCAACUUCUUCACAUCGUGCGGCAAAAGACAUGUCAGGUAACGGUUGACGCCACGUUAAAGUUCACGCUCAGCGCUCUGUGGAACCUCACAGAUGAAUCUCCCACAACUUGCAGACACUUCAUAGAGAACCAGGGACUGGAGCUCUUCAUCAAAGUACUGGAGUCCUUCCCAUCAGAGUCGUCCAUUCAACAGAAGGUCCUGGGUUUACUGAAUAAUAUCGCUGAGGUGGGGGAGCUGCACGGCGAGCUGAUGGUGCAAAGUUUUCUGGAUCAUAUCCGUUCUCUGCUGCACAGUCCGGAGGUGGAGGUCAGCUAUUUCGCCGCAGGCAUCCUGGCCCACCUCACCUCACGAGGAGAGAAAGUCUGGACCCUCGACCUAUACCUCAGAACCACGCUACUGGAGCAACUGCAUUCUGCAAUUCUGAAGUGGCCAACGCCGGACUGUGAGAUGGUAGCGUACAGGUCGUUUAACCCUUUCUUCCCAUUAUUGAAGUGCUUCCAGACCCCAGGAGUUCAGUUAUGGGCUGCAUGGGCCAUGCAGCACGUCUGCAGCAAAAAUGCCGGGCGUUACUGCAGCAUGUUACUGGAGGAGGGAGGACUGCAGCAGCUAGAGGCCGUGAGGUCUCAUUCUGAAACCCACAGCGACGUACGCCGAUUGGUUGACAGCAUCCUAGACAGUUUACACCAUCAUAGAACACGCACGGGAUAUACAGAGCCACCCAAAAUUCACACACACAGAGAAAAAAGCAUUCCAUGACACCGCUUAUUCUCUUCUGGUCUCUGAAUAGGAUGCAGCAAAUAAAACUGGAAGCUUUUUGUAUGUGUAUAUGUUCACUUGUGCCCGUCUGUAUGAAAACGACACUCUGCUGCCCGUCCUGUACCGAGGGGCAUGUGGAUGAGUCACUUUGCAUCUGUUUGCACACUGUGGAAUGUGUUAUUUAUUUGACAUAAGAAUAAGAAAUAUGUCUUUUCUCUGUGACCUGAGAAAAUGUUUAAUUAGAUGGGCAGCAGCUAAGACUGUGUUUGUGCUGAAACGUGGGACAAGGGAGUAUGUGUGUGUUUAAAUGUGUAUGUGCAUGUCUGCAUGUGUGCUAAGAGCCUGUGCAAAGCAUGCUUUGUAUUCAUAUUCAGAUUUGCAACCCCAUAGGAAUUAAGUUUAUAUGACAGAUUUCUGUCCCAUUAGACAUAAACGGCAAUACUUCUACUAAACCGAUUUAGAAAUACAUGGACUUUUAAGUUCUGUCUUAUUGACAUUUAGUGUGUGUGUGAGUGGUAAAAUUGAUCUGGUGUCUGCACGUGAGAUGACUGCUUGCCAUUUUUGUAUACUACUUGUCAGUGCAUUGGACAGCAUGAAUGCUUUGGGGAUGAUGUAUUUUUUUUAGACUGUGUAUGGACUGUGGCAGAUGACUGUGUUAUCCUUGUCUGUGUGUUGUGUUGCAUGAAACAAUUACGAUCCACAUUUAAGUUAGUUUAAAAAAUGGUACAAAAUAUACUCAAAAGCUCAGAUGGAUUAUUCAAAGAUCCCUCAAAAACCCUGAGCUCUUCAGAAGCUGAUCCAUGACAUUGUCGGAGCAGAUUCAAAUCAAAGCUUUUGCCUUCAGAUUUUCUUUAUUGCACAUUUCUGUUGAGGCAAAGCCGGAGCUUGUCAAUAAUUGGAUCGUUGCCUCGUAAACCACUUGGAGAAAUCAAGCAGCACGCUGUGACUGUAGACGGUAAAGCGGAAGCAGGCAAACAGCACCUUGUAAAGAAGUUCAGUUCAACUCACGAAACCGAAAAGUUUGACUUACAUUAACGCCAAUCAGCUGUUAACUGACAAGUUCAACUGGUUUCAGCAUGAUUGAAAAAGUUGCAAUUUACAAAUGAUACUUUGUUCCAUCUGUAUGCCAGUGAAUUAAUUAAGCUAUUUUAUAUAUAAAUAUGAUGGGGGUUUUUCCAUGGAUGUUUAUGCUUUUUUUCGUUGCAUGGAUUUGUUUUUGUGUUCAUAACUGGGCCAUGUAUUACGAUGAAAUAUUCACAACAAACGUAUGCUUUGUUCCAGACGGCCUUGUGUUAUGAAGCCAUUUUUAAAAACUGCAUGGUCUAAGUACAUGCAUUUUAAUUUUCUUGCCAAUGCACUUGGGAGACUUUUGCAACUUUAGGCAGUUUUAUGCACUGCAGUGCAUAACAUCACUGCCUCUUUUUGGAUUAAGUUUCAACGUUAAAUUACAUUUCAUUAUGUCUUAACAUAUCACUUCUUUAAUCGGACCAAAUGAUUUCCAGGUUAACCAAACUCUCGUGUACAUGGCCCUCUGUAAAGAUGUAUUUUUGCUCUGCAGUACUAGUUAUUUUCCUCAGUCAGUGUUGAAUGGGUUCACAGUGUCAAAGCUACAGUGUCAUACUACUGCUCCUAUUCCAAUUUAUGCAAAAUCAUCUGUUGGGGAAUAAACAAUGUAAAC